GUUCUCUAAACCAGUAGGACUCUGUUCGCUAAACCAGUAGGACUCUACCCUAAACCAGUAGGACUCCAGACCAGUAGGACUCUACCCUAAACCAGUAGGACUCUACCCUAAACCAGUAGGACUCUACCCUAAACCAGUAGGACUCUACCCUAAACCAGCAGGACUACCCUAAACCAGCAGGACUCUGUACUCUAAACCGGUAGGACUCUACCCUAAACCAGCAGGACUACCCUAAACCAGUAGUACUGUUCUCUGGACCAGUAGGACUCUGGACCAGUAGGACUCUUGAGUCUUGCCCAGGGCUGUUCCAGCGUUGUGCUCUAAGCCCGGGCUCAGGGGGAUUACAGUAAUUAGAUCAGGAGGAACCAAACAAACGGCCGUCAGGGUCCUUCAUGUGCUCAUCCUGAGAUUAAACACUUAGUGGACCGAGUCUCUGGUCCUCAGAUCCCGUCUGACUACCUCUCCACCUUUAUGUAUCUUCAUAUGAGGAGCAUGUUGACAGCAGAACAUCUCGUAGUCUCUGAGAUCCUGCUGGGAUGUUCUCCGGACAUGGGCCCGCGUGGAGGUGGUGAGGCCGCUCCACUCCGCUGAGCCUCUGAUCGACUGCAGAAGCCGCUGCGCUCUGUGGACCUCCUGCCAGAGGGGGACGAUGGAGGAGCUGCUGCUACCCAGCGGGGAGGAGGCACCGUCCGAGGCCGGCUCCUUCGCCCCCGCCGAGAAGGAGGAGGAGCGGAGCCUGGGGCGGCGCCUCAAGAGGCUGGCGGUGGACCUCCGCCGCCGCGUCAAGAACUUCCUGAAGAGGAACGGCCUGCUGACGCUGUCGGUGCUCGCAGUGCUCACGGGCUGCGUGCUGGGCUUUGCCCUCCGGGGGAGCCAGCUGUCGACCCAGGCUAAGAUCUACUUCUCCUUUCCUGGAGAGCUGCUGAUGAGGAUGCUGAAGAUGUUGAUCCUCCCUCUAAUCACAUCCAGCCUGAUGUCGGGGCUCUCCUCCAUGGAGUCCAAGGCCUGCUGCCGGAUGGGGGUCCUGACCGUCACCUACUACCUGUGGACCACCUUCAUCGCCGUGGUGGUGGGCAUCCUGCUGGUCAUCAUCAUCAAACCCGGGGUGGGGACCGACAUGGAGAGCAACCGGCUGGGGGGCGGGCCGGUGAUGACCUCAGCCGACGCCCUGCUGGACCUCAUCAGGAACAUGGUUCCCUCCAACCUGAUAGAGGCCACCUUUCAGCAGUACAAGACGGAUCUGCUGCCCAUCCUCAAGCUGCCCGCCCGCACGGUGAAGCCCAACUUUGUGUACGUGGUGCCGGACGACAGCGACCCCAGCGGGCGGACAGUGUACCUUGAGCUGACCCCGCCCCCAGAGAUCCACUACAAGACCAGCCCGGGCAGCAGCCAGCAGAUGAACGUCCUCGGCAUCGUCAUCUUCUCCGCGACCAUGGGUCUGCUGCUGGGGAGGAUGGGGGAGAGAGGGGCUCCUCUGGUCAACGUCUGCCAGUGCAUUAACGAGUGCGUCAUGAAGAUAAUCAACGCUGCAGUUUGGUACUUCCCAUUCGGGAUCAUCUUCCUGGUGGCCGGUAAGAUCCUGGACAUGCAGGACCCGAGCACCUUGGGCCGUAAGCUGGGCUGGUACACCAUCACGGUGCUGGCCGGCCUCUUCGUCCACGGCCUCAUCCUGCUGCCGCUGUUCUACUUCAUCCUCACCCGCAAGAACCCCUUCACCUACAUCAGGGGCCUACUGCAGGCCAUGGUCAUCGCCCUGGCAACCUCCUCCAGCUCGGCCACCCUCCCAAUCACCAUGAAGUGUCUGCUGGAGAACUGCCAGGUGGACCGGCAGAUCGCCCGCUUCGUGCUGCCCGUCGGCGCCACCAUCAACAUGGACGGCACCGCGCUGUACGAGGCCGUGGCAGCCAUCUUUAUUGCCCAGGUCAACGACUACGAGCUGGACCUGGGCCAGCUGGUCACCAUCAGUAUCACGGCGACGGCUGCGAGCAUCGGAGCCGCCGGGAUCCCGCAGGCCGGUCUGGUCACCAUGGUGAUCGUGCUGACGUCAGUGGGCCUGCCCCCCGAUGACAUCACGCUCAUCGUGGCCAUUGAUUGGGUCCUGGACCGCUUCAGGACGAUGAUCAACGUCCUCGGCGACGCGCUUGCGGCCGGGAUAAUCGCCCACCUCUGCAGGAAGGACUUCCCCCUGAGCGGAGCGGGAAAGACCGCCCACCCGUCCUACGGCACUCAGGACUCCGGGAACAACGUCCCCCUGACAGAGAUGCAUACACACAAGGACUGCCUCUUCGACAACAUGAGCGACUCUGUCCACGACGCUCACACACACACUAUCUACUACAACCUCUGCCAAGUAUGACCCAGGACCCUGGAGUCCUCCUGGUGGGCCGUGUGGACGGGCUGGACUGGUUGACUGUGGUCCACUGACCUACAGGACACACUGAGCUGGUGGUCCACUGACCUACAGGACACACUGAGCUGGUGGUCCACUGACCUACAGGACACACUGAGCUGGUGGUCCACUGACCUACAGGACACACUGAGCUGGUGGUCCACUGACCUACAGGACACACUGAGCUGGUGGUCCACUGACCUACAGGACACACUGAGCUGGUGGUCCACUGACCUACAGGACACACUCAUUGGUCUUCUGUUGAGUAAAAGAAAGCCCCAUAAAGCCCAAUCAUGAAGGACCUGUCUGCACUUGGCAGAUUUCUUCAGUGCAUAUUAUUAAUACCACAAUUACAGAAAGAUGACAACCUUAACUACUGAUAACUGAUCAGAAAACAACCGUUCUACUGGGAGGGUGAGAUUAUGGUGCUGCCAAGUGAGGCCAGGACCCUCUUACUGACAGACCCAGAGUGGAGAUGACCAGAGUGGAGAUGACCAGAGUGGAGAUGACCAGAGUAGAGAUGACCAGAGUAGAGAUGACCAGAGUAGAGAUGACCAGAGUAGAGAUGACCAGAGUGGAGCUUCUACAGUUGACCGAUAGGACCAGUGUUCCCAGUGACUAAUAGGACCAGUGUCCCCAGUGACUGCUGGCUUCAGUAACGUCAGAUCUCAAGUGCUCUUCCCUAAGCAGACCCCCUCCUGUCUCAUGGCAUGCAGGCGUGCCUCCUUGUUGACUUGUUGUGGGCUCCUAAUCCACGUGCAUUACUGUGUUGUUGAGCCCGGAUUAGCGUACGCUGUGAUGAUCUACCAGCUCACCUCCUCCUCCGGUCAGCUGACCGGCCAGGUGCUGCCAUGGAUUAUCCACCGGACGUCUUGUGUGUCCUCCCACAAAAACAAUGUUUACUGUCGACAUCUGUGGCACCUGUAGAGCCCAUAUCGAGCUGUCCAAUGUUUUUCUUUCUAACAUUAAAUGAAACAUCCUGUUGGAGGCA